AUGGGAGAAGCAAAAUCAAUCCAAUUUGACAACAUUUAUUACGGUCUUACCUCAGAACCGGGAGUACUCAAACUCGCGCCUAUAGGUCUCGGAUGGAAAACUCCGAUAGCGGAGACGAUAUUAACCGUUUCUGCAGAGGAUUUUAAAAGAAUGCAAUGGAUUCAUGUGGCUCGUAAUUACCAACUUAGAAUUCAACUUAAAAACGGUGACGCGCUGAAAUUCGAUGGGUUUCUCAAAGAUGAUUUUGAUACACUAAGAGAAUUAAUAAAAUCAAACUAUCGAUUGAACCUUGAAAUCAAAGAACUCAGCGUAAAAGGCUGGAACUGGGGCAAAACGGAUUUUCAAGGUUCACAACUACUUUUUAACGUUGGAAGCAAGACAGCAUUUGAACUUCCUUUAAACCAGGUAGCAAACACCAAUCUCGCUAGCAGGAACGAAGUCAGCCUGGAAUUCAUGCAACCCGAACAAAUGGACGAAGAUGCACACCGUGGCGCAUCAAAAAAAGCCCAGGUGCACGAAUUAGUUGAAAUGAGAUUUUAUAUCCCGGGCACGGUGACUGUUACCGGCGGUGAUGGCGACGAAGGUGAGGGUGAUGAAGAAAAGAGCAAAAAGAAGAUAAAGGGUAAAGAGAAGAUAAAAGAAAAUGGUGGGACAUCAGAGAAAACGGAUGGAGAGGAACAGGAAGAGGAAGAGGAAGAAGAGACUACUGAAGAGAUUAGUGCUGCUUCUAUGUUCCAUGAAAUGGUUAAAGAAAAAGCAGAUCUUGGACAAGUGAGUGGAGAGGGAAUAAUAUUGUUUUCAGAUAUUUUACUUUUGACACCACGUGGACGUUACGAUAUCGACAUGUUUCCCACGUUUCUGCGACUGCGUGGCAAGACGUACGACUACAAGAUCCAGUAUACGAGCGUCAUAAAAUUGUUUCUAUUACCAAAGCUGGAUGAUAUAGGACUUGAUCCGCCACUUCGACAAGGGCAAACGCGGUAUCCUUUUCUCGUCUUGCAAUUUGUUAAAGAUACGAAAGUUGAUAUGGAAUUGAAUAUUGACAAAGAGACUAUCGAAAAAAAUUACAAUAAUAAAUUAGAGGAAAAAUAUGAAGAUAAACCGUUGUUUGAGGUAGUCAGUAGUGUCUUUAAAGGGUUGACACAAAGAAAAGUUACUGUACCUGGAUCAUAUCGUAGUCAUCACGGAAAUUCUGCUUUCAAAUGUUCAAUGAAAGCCAAUGAAGGAUAUCUUUAUCCGCUCGAGAAAUGUUUUCUAUUUAUACCGAAACCGCCGACAUUUAUUCCCAUACAAGACAUUAUCAGUGUCACGUUCUCAAGGGUGUCUAGUAGUGCGUCUAGUUCACGAACAUUUGAUUUGAAGUUUAAUCUAAAGAAUAAGACGGAAAUUCAGUUUUCUAGUAUAAAUAGGGAAGAGCAUAAGAACAUCGAGGAUUGGAUGAAAACUAAGAAUAUUAAUGCACAAAACGACAUGACUGAAGACAGUAUGUUUGCUUAUAAAGCUAUUGAAGAACUUGGCGAUACAGAUGAGGACGAGGAGGAAGAAGUCAUGCCAAGGUCUAGACGACGUGGUGAUCCUCAAUCAAUGGAUAUUGAUAACGAAGAGGACGAGGACGAAAGUGUGGACGAAGAUUUUGUUGCGGAAGAAAGUGAAAGUGACGUUGCAGAAGAGUAUGAUGAAAACUAUCAAGGAUCGGGUUCAUCAUCAUCAAGUGAGCAAGAAGAUAACGAACCGCCGAAAAAGAAAACUAAAACGAAAAAAUGA